UUUAGAGGCAAUUUAAUCCCGACGAGCCCACAGCAGUCAUUCCGAUCUACGGCGGUUUUGGAGGGAGGUACUCUUAGGUUCUUUUCGUAUAAGCAUGGGUUAAAUCCACGCGUGGCGCCUUCUUCGUUCGAUUGAGCAAGCAAGAUUAAGGUCAUAAGGCUGCCGCUGGAAAGAAAAUCAAAGUGAAAUGCCCGGUUUUCGCGUAAGUCAUUCAGACCUAGACGGGCUUGACGACAAGUUCCAGUGUAGACUGUGUGGAUUUGUGUUUAGAGAUCCAGUUCAGACUUCUUGUGGACAUGUGUAUUGCCACUCGUGUUGUUUUGAAUCUACGACAGAUGUGCUGUGUGUAGAAGAUGGAACAGUCAUUCGAGAGAAAGAAAGUUUCCGGGACAGAUAUAUGGAGCGUGAAGUUCUUCGUCAGGAGGUUGGUUGUACCUUUCAAGAUGAGGGGUGCUCGUGGAGAGGAAUGAUUUGCCAUCUAGAGGCUGAGGAGGUUAGCACAAAAGGGGUUGAAUGUCCAAGAACUUUGAUUUAUGUCAGAAAUUAUCAGACUUGUGGAGAACUUUAUAACUUUUUCAUUAACACCCUACAAGAUAAAGCCUACUAG